ACACGAUCGAACCGCAUGAGCUUCCUUUUCCGGCGAAUCUCUCAAGAUGGUGGGUGCUGUUUUAUUUGCGUUUUGCUGGAAUCUGAGCGAAUCCUCCGCAAAUAUGAGCAGAUUUAUUACAGUUAUUGCACGGCGGAUGUCGAACAGAAGAAGAAGCGUACCUUCAGGAAGUUCACCUACAGAGGUGUGGACCUGGACCAGCUCCUGGACAUGUCCUAUGAGCAACUCAUGCAGCUGUACUGCGCUCGCCAGAGGAGGAGGUUGAACCGUGGGCUCAGAAGGAAGCAGCAGUCUCUCCUGAAGCGCCUGCGCAAGGCCAAGAAGGAGGCCCCACCGAUGGAGAAGCCUGAGGUGGUGAAGACCCAUCUGAGAGACAUGGUCAUCCUGCCAGAAAUGGUGGGCUCCAUGGUUGGCGUGUACAACGGCAAGACCUUCAACCAGGUUGAAAUCAAGCCUGAGAUGAUUGGCCACUACCUUGGAGAGUUCUCCAUCACAUACAAGCCUGUUAAGCACGGUCGCCCUGGUAUUGGAGCCACCCACUCCUCUCGCUUCAUUCCUCUGAAGUAAAAAGUGAUCGAUGUAAAUAAAAGUGACUUCCAACAUU